UUAAAUGGUUCACAGUCAUUGUCGAGCUUCUUCGACUAUGGCAUCUUCAUCAUCCUUCUUCGCUACAUCUGCUACUACACUAUGUUCAUUUCUAACACUAACUCUGCUUGCAUUUGCUCCAAGAACUGAGGCGCGACCUUUUUUUGUGUUCGGGGACUCACUUGUCGACAAUGGCAACAAUAACUACCUCAUCACUAGCGCGCGAGCUGAUGCCCCUCCAUAUGGCAUUGAUCAUCCGUCUCAUCGCCCCACCGGACGCUUUUCUAAUGGCCUCAACAUUGCUGAUAUCAUUAGUGAGCAUAUUGGGAUGGAACCUACAAUGCCAUACUUGAGCCCACAUCUCAAGGGUAAAAAGCUUCUUGUUGGGGCUAACUUUGCUUCGGCGGGGGUUGGAAUUCUUAACGACACUGGAAUCCAGUUCAUGAAUAUUAUUCGAAUCGACAAACAACUCGAAUACUUCCAACAGUACCAAACUCGCGUAAGCAGCCUUAUAGGAGCCAAGCACACUAAGGCACUCGUUAAUCAGGCUCUCGUGCUCAUCACUCUCGGAGGCAAUGACUUCGUCAACAAUUACUAUUUGAUCCCAUUCUCCGCUAGAUCGCGACAAUUUGCACUCCCGGAUUACGUGGAGUACCUCAUCUCCGAGUAUCAUAAAAUUCUCAGGAAGUUGUUCGAUUUAGGCGCGAGGAGGGUUUUGGUAACGGGUACCGGGCCAAUGGGGUGUGUGCCGGCUGAGCUAGCGCAGCAUAGCCGGACUGGAGAAUGCGCAGUAGAGUUAACACGGGCAGCCCAUAUGUUCAAUCCACAAUUGUCGCGAAUGUUGGAAGACCUCAACCACGAGAUAGGUUUGCAUGUCUUUGUUGCAGCUAACACAUACCAAAUGCAUAUGGACUUCAUUUCAAACCCUCGAGCUUAUGGAUUUGUCACUUCUAAGAUAGCAUGUUGUGGACAAGGGCCAUACAAUGGUGUUGGGCUAUGCACACCGGCAUCGAACUUGUGCCCGAAUAGGGACAUUUAUGCAUUUUGGGAUCCAUUUCAUCCCUCCGAAAGGGCGAACCGGAUUAUAGUUAGCCAGAUAAUGGCCGGCGACAACAACUACAUGAAACCCCUCAAUCUCUCCACAAUCAUGGCUUUAGACUACUCUAGGCUCUAAAAAAUGUCGUUUACUACAAUGGGGUUUUUUUUGUUUUUUUUUGUUAAUUUUAGUGUCUUGUGUGUGAUUGUCUUGUUGUGGGAUGGAAAGGUUUGAUGGAUUGGAAUUUCAUUUUGUGUUUGUAUGUUUAUUUUUUGAAUGCGCAAGAGAGUGUUUGAGGUUUCGAAUAAGUGUAACAUGUUCCCUUGUGAUGUGUCAAUUUUUGCUUAA